AUGUAUAAAGGAGUACAUAAAGGAGUGUGUGUGAGUUCCUACUGUAGCUAUCUAGCUGUCACCUCAACAACACAACAACAACCGAUACAAUGGAAGGAAGCAACAGUAUCUGGCCCAGUCAACAGCAACCAGGGGGUCCUGUCUGGCCGACACAGCCCAGCCAACAGCCCACCCAACCCCAGUCCCCAUCCUGCUGGCCUGAGCAGCCCAGCAUCCCCUGCUGGCCUGGUCCUCAAUCAUCCCAACCAGCCCCAGCUCAACCUCAGCCCAUGCCUUGCUUUCCUGGGCACCCGAACACCCCCUGCUGGCCUGGGCAACAGCCAUCCCAACAAGCCCCAGGUCCGGCCCAAAACUGGCCUGGGCCACAGCCAUCACAGCCAUCCCCAGCUCCAGCCCAAAACUGGAACUGGCCUGGUCCUCAACCAUUCAAACCAUCCCCAGCUCCAGCCCAAAACUGGCCUGGUACUCAACCACAACAUACCCAACCAGCCCCAACCCAUCCCUGCCAGCCAUGCUGGCCUGGACCCCAGCCCCAGCCUCCCCAAUUACAGCCCCAGCCUGCACCCCAGCCUUAUCAACCUCCAGCCCCAAUUCAAGCCCAGGCCCAGGGCCCCAGCCAGCCCAGUCCCCCAGGGUGGCCAGUCCCAGGCUUUAACCCAGGCGUUAACCCAGGGUCUGGAUGGCCAUUYGGCCCUGGUCAGGACCCAGGUGGACAGUCUAGUUGGCCUGAUCAGGACCCAGGUGGCUUCACACCUGCUACACAGUGGAAUCCGACACCAACUGGACAGAAUGUGCCYUACAACCUGAACCUACAAAGAGGCMUCUACGACAAGAUGAUGCUCACCAUCAUGGGCCAGAUCAAACCAAACGCUAAGCAGUUCACGGUGAACUUCCUGCGAGGUAAUGACAUCGCCUUCCACCUCAACACUCGGUUCAAUGAGGGGGGCAAGCAGGCAGUGGUGAGGAACCACA